AUUGAAGUCUGCACUAACAAUUGUAGUUCAGCUGUCAGUGUUGAUAGUUAUCCCAAAAUGGGCAUCUGCAUUCAUAAAGUGUCAGGACCACAGUAGUGACUUAUUUCCUUUCGUUGGUUGUGAGUCGCUACACAAAUCAUUACCUUAAGAGUUGUCAUAUCAAGAUGCCAUAGUGCUCCUUGUGGGUUACUGCACAGUUCAUUACUUCAGCUUUCAUCACGAUGCACUUUGCUUUCAUGUCUGGAGUUGCUGUUUCUUUCUUGGGGACUUGUUGUAAGAUGACUCCUAAAGUCCUAAGGGUUGAUAGCAAGGAUGGAUUCCUUAUACCCAUGACCCUCUAUCCCAAUUUCGGAUGGUACAAUCCAAUCGUCCUUAGCACAGCUAGGGCAUGUUUCUUCAUUGGGGAUUAAAAGUAGAAAUAUCUAACUGAGAUACUCUUCAGGUUCCACAGAGUCUACUGUGUUCCCUUCUUAUACUUUCUUAUUGUCAAGUUUAACAAUUUAACAGUAGCAGCUCUAAUUUUGAAGUCACCACUCUUAAACUUCCUUGUUUGGCAGUUUGACUACCCUGCAACAAACAAAUGCUCUUUUCCCUGAAAUAUUCAUCUAGCUUGUUUAUGAUGAUAUGAUGCUGAAAUAGCUUUGAAAAUAUUUUGUACUGCUGUGCAUAUCAUCUUAUAUGAGUUAUUAACUUGCAUCAUUCUGUGUUAAAUGAUGUUGCUAUUCUUGUGGCUUCUUUCUGUAUAUAGAUAUAACACUCAGUGAAGGUCAUAUGACGGGUUGGGUCCAAAUAUUCUAAGCUGAAGCUAUAAUUUUGAUGUCAGCAAUUAAUCUUGUGAUAUUAGGACAUCUGCAGUAUCUUGUUCCAUCAGGUCCAUAAGCAGGUGGAUGAGCAUCCAGCAGCCGGAGCAGUAACUACAGGGUUGGAUUAUGCUGAGGAAUCUCCUGUGGGCUGCAUCGAAGCAUGACGUGUACUUGGUGCAGAACUACUCUGUAAUGCAUUGGUCUCCGCUGCUUCAGAGAGGAAAAGAAGUGCUCAAUGUGGCCGGCCAAUUGGUCCCAACGGAGAAUGUCAAUGGGGCUCGGCCGUUGUCGAGGGUGCAGAUCAGCACCAUGGCGCUGAAGGACAACCUAAUGGUGGCCGGUGGCUUCCAGGGAGAACUCAUCUGCAAGUAUGUUGAUCGACCCAGCGUGGCGUUCUGCACGAAUCAGACCGGCAACAACAAUUCCAUCACGAAUGCCGUGGAUAUCUACGAGUCGCCCGACGGAGCCACUCGGGUGAUGACCGCGAACAACGACUGCGUCGUCAGAACGUUCGACACCGAGAGAUACAGCCUGCUUGCCCAGUUCACCUUCCCAUGGUCUGUCAAUAGCACGUCGGUGAGCCCUGACGGCAAGCUGGUCGCGGUUCUUGGCGACAGCACCGACUGCCUGAUCGCCGAUCCCCAGUCAGGCAAGGAAAUCACGGCCCUGCGAGGCCACCUGGACUACUCGUUCUCGUCGGCGUGGCACCCGGGCGGCCACGUCCUGGCGACGGGCAACCAGGACGCGACGUGCCGGCUGUGGGACGUGCGCAACCCGUCGCGGUCGUUCGCCGUGCUCAGGGGCAGGAUCGGCGCCGUCCGGGGGCUCCGGUUCUCCCCCGACGGCCGGUUCCUUGCCGCGGCGGAGGCGGCGGACUUCGUGCACGUGUACGACGCCGCGGCCGGGUACUGUGUAGAGCAGGAGGUGGACCUCUUCGGGGAGAUCGCCGGCGCGGCAUUCAGCCCGGACGGCGAGGCACUGUUCGUGAGCCUCGCCGACCGCACCUACGGCGGCCUGCUCGAGCUCCGCAGGCGGCGGUCGUACGGCUACCUCGACUCCUAAGUCCUAUCUCUCAAGUGUGAAGUAGAAUGAAUAUUGGUUUUUGUCGUUCCUAGCCUUCGAAAUGGCAGGUGAUGGAGCACCAUCUUUUUUAUUGUUUUGGUGAACACUUGCAAUUGCAUGUUGUAGGUAUCGUGGUUUGCCUGCUGUUUGCUAUAGAUCUAUAGAUUGUAAAUCGGGUUGUUGAUGAGCGAACUGUAACUCAGGUUUUGGUUAUGUAAUAACACCCUUGAUCAUGUACUGUAAAAUGCUCCCCAAAAAAGAACAAAAAAAGUUAGUGUAAAAAUGGCAACAUGAGCUCAUCGGAGAACGAAGGAUUUUUUGUUCCACGAUCUCAGCUUCA